AUGUCUCUUCCUUUAUCUAAUCCAUAUACAGAAGAAAGAUUGCAGAAAAAAUGGAAAAGAGAGAAAAGAGAGAAAGGAGAGAUAAAAAUAUCUGAUAAAAAUAAAUAUUUACAACAUAUAUGUCUCACUUGUUCCUAUCAACAUGAAAAAUCUAGUUUGGCGGCAUGGAGAAAUUCGUCUAAUCUACCGAUGAAUUUGAGAAAGAUUGCCGAUAUCAAUAUUGCAAAAUACACCAAAGAUGGUUUUUAUAAACCAGAAAUAUACAAUACUAAUACCGAUAGUUUAUACAUUUCGUCUAGCAAUUGGGAUAAAUUAAAUGAAGCUGGGUUGGUGUCUGAAAAUGAAUAUUGCAAAGGAAAGAAUGAUUAUGGUGAUGGUGGAAUCAUAUUUGGUUUAUAUUUAGCGCCAAAAGUUAAAUACAAUAUCAUUCUAACUUCCGACGGUAUUCUAAAAGAAAAGAAAACGUUUAAGGGUUACUCUAACUAUAAGAUUAAGGUAGAGGAUUAUAUUCAAUUAGCUAGUGGACAUGACGUAACGAAUGAAUUUGAUAAACCAUGGGGGAAGAGUUUUACUGAUGGAAUAGUUAUUCCUAAUGAAAAACAAACUAAAAAAUUUAGAAGUUAUCUGAAUCUCAAAAAGAGAAAAGCAACAGACGAUGAAGGAAUCAUGUAUCCGUACAGUGAUAAAGAGGAGAUGUGCUUGGAUGAAAACUACGAAUUUGAUGAUUUAAAUUACUUUACCAUUCAAGAAGAGAAUGAAGACUGUUAA